AUGGUUAUCGAUGCGAUGCUGAAGUCGCGACCCAUUUCGCACGAUCUGUCUCAGCGUGCGGUUAAAAAGGUUAUCGAGGCCGGAUAUCAUGAUAUACAGAAACUGGGGGAGAGUAGUUGGGAGGAGAGAACAAUGGUUCUCAAGGACGGAGGAUAUAAUCGCUACAGGGAGCAGGGGGCAACGAAUCUAGGUGAUUUGGCGGAAUUGGUCAACGAGAAGUACGACGGUGAUCUCAACAAUCUCUUGAAGAAAGCCCAUAAUAAUCGAGACGAGGCGAGACAAUUGAUCAAGGAAAUCAAGGGAUUGGGCGAUCUAGGAGCUGAUCUCUUUUUCAACAACGUUCAGAGCGUGUGGCCGUCAAUGGCACCGUUUAUUGAUGGACGCAGUUUGCAAACGGCUGAUAAGGCUGGGAUUAGCACGGACCUGGACGCCAUAUACGCCGAUUUGGGACACGACUCGACGAGAAUGAGCCGACUAGCCAAUGGACUUCGGAUCGUUAACAUCGCCGUUGGCGUGCUUAUGGUUCUCGGAGGUAUCGCGCAGUUCUUCCCUGCGUCGAUGAGCACCAUCAUUGUCGGUAUCUAUGUGAUUAUCUUUGGUCUGAUCGUCGGUGGAUUGGAAUUUUUGCCCAACGUCCCGGACUACGUUUACCGCUAUGCGUCUUUCCUUUUCUCCUUCCUGGGACGCGGUGCUUUCUACAUUUUCGUUGGAUCGAUCAUGCUGCAUGACCACUGGACCCGGUACAUUGCCGGCUCCAUCAUCGGCUUCAUCGGCCUGGGCUACCUGGCCCUGGAGUUCAUUCCUUCCAUCGAGCCCCCAUCCAACAUGCGUGAGGCCGACCAAUCCUGGGGCGCCGAGCAGGUCUAA